AUGAGCGAAGGGCAAUCAUUUCCGAGGGGAAUUGAGGCACCACAACAACUAGAACUUGAAUCAGAAAAAACUAAAAGUCCUAGAGCAGCAAUUACUGUAAGCAAGAUAAUAGCUUCUUAUUUACAAGAUGAUAAGGAGAAAAGUAACGCUGGUUAUUCUUUAAGAUACAACAAAGAUAGUAAUCAAUAUACAAUCGGAAAUAAAGUUGUAAAAUUUGAAAAUAACAAUAUAAAAAUUAAUAAUGUUGAUUAUGAAGCUACUGAAGGAUUAAUGGAAUUAUUAACAAAAAAAUCACCAAAUUUAGUUUUAAUAAGUGAUUACGAGAAAAAAUCAUAUCAACAAAUACUCUUGUGUUCUGACGCUUGUUAUCAAGGAUUCGAUAAAAACGCUCCAAACAAAAGAUUUAAUUCUGAUCCGAGUGAUAAAUGGAAAUUUAUAAGAGAACAUUAUUUUAUUAAAUCUAUUUCAAGUGUGUCUGAAAAAAGUGUAACAGGAAGUUCUGUUGAUUUUUUACCGUCUAAUGUGAAUUCACUUAUAGAUAUGCUAAGAUUAUCAAUUGGAUCAUAUAAAGCAGGAAAUAAGAACGAAUAUAAUAAAAUACAUAGAAUUUUAGAUGAAUUGCUCUUCAAACAACUAAAUAUUAAUAUCGAUAAAGCCGAAUUAAACGCUUAUUUAGAUAAUGAUUUGACGAAAGAAACUGUUAUAAGACAUCUAGAUGAUAUAGAAAAAUUAACAAAACAGAUAAAUAAUCUAACAAAUAUUAAUGAAAGUAUGAAAGAAUCAAUAAUAUAUUCAUUCAAUUUACUUAUAACUAAAAUGUGCGAAAGUGAAUGUAAAUCAUUAAUAAUUAAAGAAUUAGGAGGAAAAGAUGAUAUUAAUAUUGAGGAUAUAGAUAUGGAUAAGUAUAAAAGAAUUAGUGUUCCAAUUAAUUUAAGAAAUAAAGCAGAUAGAAUUUAUGCUAAACAAUCAGAAAAUAAUUCAAUUAUACAAAAAACAAAAAGUAAAUAA